GAAGCAUUUCUCCUCCUUCUCAUAGAUUAUGUAAAGGAAAAAGAAAAAAGAAAAACUCAUUUGCGAUUCUUCUCCUCUCUCAAAAGUUUGUCAACUUUCCGCUUUACUCCGGUGUCGUUCAUCAUCUACUCCGGCGAACAUCUCACGCAUUGUGGUUUGUUUUAAUUUUUAAAUCCGAAUCUGAAUUGUGUUGUGUUAUAUGUAUAUAUAUUUUUGCAUCUUAAAUGUAUAAAUCAAAUAUUAUUUUUUAUUGUUUCAAGUUGAUUUAGGGUUGAUUUAAGGUUGCUUUAUAGAUGUUUCAAAUGAUGUUAGCAAUUUAUCAUUAUUAUUAUUUUAUCUCGCAAACAUCUGGUAGACAUCUCGCAAACAUCUCGCAGACAUCUUGCAGGUUCUUAAAUUGAAAUGUUUAAUCUGAAAUGAAUUGAUUUAGGGUGACUUUUAGCUAUUGUUUUUUGUAUCUCGCAAUAUCCUAAACAUUUUGUAGCUGUCAAGAUCGUAAACAUGUAGGGUGUGACUAUGCACGUUUUAUUUAGUAUUUACCUACUGUUUUUUAAUAAACUUUGUUUAUGUGAUAUGUCAAAUGCUAACUUCAAAUCAUUUUUUGCAGCAAUUGAAAAGUAUAAGGUGGUUUAAGGAUGUCACAUAUUCCCAUGUUAGUGCGUUACGGUGGUAUGUGGGAUGAGAGGCGAAGAAAAUACGAAGGAGGCAUGUUAAAAGGCAUCGUUGUCAGUAAAGAAAUAACACAUAAAGAUUUACAGGCAGAAUUAUAUGACCUUGCAGAAGUUGACCCUUCAAAGUUCGACGUAAUGAUAAGAUGCAUAUAUGAGAUAAAAGUGGAACACGAAGCUCCUACAUUUGAGUUAAGCAAUGACCGUGAUUUGAAGUUUUAUCUUCUUAGUGAAAAUCCAUUAAAGGUCCCUUUAUACGUCUCAUUUGAGCCUAAAAGUAAUCAAAGCAAAAAAGUGUUAAGCAAAGAUUACAAUUCAGUAUCUGGCAGCAACCAAGCUCAUAACUUAAACCCUCAUCCUCCAAUUGUAAUGGAUACAUUAAAUGAGAAUGAAGUCCAUGUUCGUGAAGUUGAAGUUGGCUUGUGUGAUAACGUGAUAGGGACCACUUCGGCUAUAUGGGAAUCAUAUGAGUCAUAUGAUUCGAAAGAUGAGACUUUUACAUGGGAGCCAGUAGAGAUGAAUAGUGAAUCAUUUGACAUCCCACAACAUAGAGAUGGUCCUACAAAAGAUUGCAAAGGAAAAUCUAAAGUUCGUUACAGCUCUUCUAGCCAAAAGUUGAAGACAGACAUGAAUGAUUGGUCCGAAGAAAGCUCUACAAGUGAGGAGUUUGAUGUAGGACAAAUAUUUUUUUCCAAAAAAGAUUUGUCAAUGAGAUUAAGUGUCUUGGCAAUGAAAAAAAAUUUUCAGUUUGUAGUAAAAAAGUCUACAAAAGAGGUUCUCUUUGUUAGAUGCAUUGACAACAAGUGUGGUUGGAGACUGCGAGCGAUGAGAUUGAAGGAUUCAAAUAUAUUUAAGAUUAAAAAGUAUGUCAAAGUUCAUUCGUGUUCUCUUGACGUUUUGAAUCGUGACCAUAGGCAAGCAAAAUCUUGGGUUGUUGGAGAAUUAAUAAAGUCAAAGUUCAAGGGAGUCGGUCGUCUAUACAAACCGCGUGAUAUCAUAGAAGACAUGAGGCAAGACUAUGGCAUAAAUAUGAGUUAUGAAAAAGCAUGGCGCGCUAGAGAAAAUGCGUAUGAACGAGUGCGCGGGUGUCCUGAAGAGUCAUAUAAUCUAUUGCUUAGAUAUGGUGAAGCUCUCAAACUUGCAAAUGUAGGUACAAUAUUUCACAUGGAACUUGAAGAUAAUCGUUUCUUCAAAUAUCUUUUUAUGGCUGUUGGUCCAUGUGUUCGAGGAUUCUUAAACUGCAUUAGACCGGUUAUAGUCAUGGAUGGAACAUUCCUUAAGAACAAAUAUCGGGGUCAGUUGAUAGUUGCUGUUUGCUUGGAUGGUAACAAUCAAAUUUAUCCUCUUGCCUUUGGAGUGGUGGACAGAGAAACAGAUGCUUCAAUACAGUGGUUCUUAGAGAAAUUGAAAGGUGCAAUAGGAGAGGUGCCUAAUCUAGGCUUCGUGACAGAUCGAAAAACAUGUUUUUCUAAGUGUAUUGCAUCGGUUUUUCCCUCCGCAUUCCAUGGACUUUGUGUCCAACACUUGACUCAAAAUUUGAAUGAUAAAUACAAGAAUGACACUAUAGCUACUUUGUUUUACAAUGCAUCUAGAACAUACCGUGAAUCAACGUUCUCAGAAGCGUGGAGAAGUAUUCUUGCAUUUCCUAAUGAUUCAGGAAAAUAUUUAAACGAUGUUGGAAUAACACGUUGGUCUCGUUUUCACUGUCCAGGAAGACGAUAUAAUAUGAUGACAACAAAUAUAGCAGAGUCCAUGAAUUCUAUACUGAAAGAACCUAGAGAUUUGCCUAUUGCUUCAUUCCUUGAACAUGUUCGAGCUUUGCUACAACGUUGGUUUUGGGAGCGUCGAGAAGAAGGCAUUAAAGUGACGUCUACAUUGACUAAAUGGGCAGAGUUAGUUCUACAAAAGAAACAAGAACGAGCUUUGACAAUGAAAGUCAACCCAAUUGAUUGUUACCAAUUCCAUGUUAAAGAUUUAGAUAAAGAGGAGGUCAUAAAUCUUCAUACUCAAGAGUGCACUUGUAAGGAGUUUCAAGCUGAGCAACUACCAUGCGCACAUGCCAUUGCUGUUGCACGGGAUCGCAAUAUAAAUGUUUAUAGCUUAUGUGCUAACUAUUACACUAAUGAAUGUUUGUUGGCAGCAUAUUCGGAGGCCGUCUACCCAGUUGGGAAUCAGUCGGAAUGGAAGACAACCGAAGAAUAUGUACAUAUGACUGUCUUACCUCCGAAAGUAGUCAAAAGAGUUGGUCGACCGAAGAAAAAGAGGAUUCCAAGUGUCGGUGAAGCACCAAAAUUGCAUAAAUGUGGUCGAUGUAAAGAAACAGGCCACAAUAGAUUAACGUGUACCAAUCCAAUUUCAUACAUCCAGAAGUCGAGCAUACAAGAUUAGUACCCGUCUUGGUGGAAGAUGCUUAUAAAAUUGUGUCCUGUGUUGUUUGCAAGAUCACUAAAGUCAUCUCACUGACAAUUCUAAGUUGAAGACUUUUCUUCUGCAACUUCAAGACUUUCCUUCUCUUUUUUUUUUAUCCUACAGUGAACUGUUUAUAGAAUAUUUACUCCUUUGGCAUUUCAAGCUUUUUGAGAAAGACUUGAAAUCCUAUUAUGACAAUAUUGUGUGCUUUAGAACUCAAUAAAUGCUCUCCUUUUGCUACUGCAGUAUUAAUGAUGCAAAUCUUGCUGAUUACUUUUAGUUUUUA